GGCGCCGGAAGUGACGGUCCACCCCUCCCAGGGUGCUGUGAGCGGUUUGAAGUUGGUUGAAAAUGGCGGAGGAAACGCGCUCGAAGCUGGAGAAACUGCAAGAUGAAGGACCAGAAGAGAAGGAAGAGAAAACUGUGAAAACUAAGACUGUUUCUUCCAGUAAUGAAGGAGAAAGUUCAACUCGAAGUGCAGACAAAAGAGCAGCUGAUGAGAAAAAUGAAGAUGAUUCUGCUUCCGGGGAUGCAAACAACAAACCCACCCCUGCAAAAGUUUCCAAAAUUGGAUUUUCAAUAGGAAGUAUGACCGUAAAGAAACCAGCCCCAAUAUCCAUCAAAUUAGGAGCCAAUAAACCAAAAGAAAGUCCACCUGUUUUAGCUCCAAAGAAACCUUCAGUUGCAGCAGUCUUCAAUGAAGAUGAGGAUAGUGAGCCUGAAGAAAUGCCCCCUGAAGCAAAAAUGCGCAUGAAGAAUAUGGGACGAGAAACACCAACAUCAGCAGGACCAAAUUCCUUCAACAAGGGAAAACAAGGAUUUUCUGACAACCAGAGGUUAUGGGAGCGGAAAAUGAAAAGUCAGCUGCGGAAUUUUGGAGACGAGGACUAAAUGCCAUUGCUCAAAAGCCAGAGUUGAGAGCUGUGGGAAGGAGAAAGAAAGUUUAGGGAUUAAGAUGCAUUCUAAACCCUCCAGAUUGCUUUGAAAUGGAAACUAUUUUCAACGAUAAGUGUAUAAUGUAUACUUAAAGACUUUCUCACUAUAAAUUGUAAUGAGUGCAAUGUGUUUAGUAAAUAGUGGAUAACCCCUUCAAACAAUUUCAUUACAGGAAUAUUCUGACACAAAAAUCGGCAUUUAGAUCCUGUCAUCUCUUGUAGCUGCCGUUGAUUAUUUUUAAUGUGGCUCAGUGGGCUUUUUGAUUAGAGUGCUGUAAACUAACAUAUCAACAGUUAAACGUAGCAAGGAUAAGUUCAGUUCACACCAUUGAAAAGUUCAUGAUUGUUAAUUGCAUAGCUCCUGAGAACAGUUUUAUAUUUUACAGUAGAAGGGAUAUUUUGAUUUAAGCAAAUUUUGUGACUUAAAAGUUUAAACUCUGCCAAAUUUUUUUAAAACUUAUGUUUCCCAGUGAUGCACCAUUUCCAGCAAGAGGAUGAACUAAUGAGACAUUCCUAGGUUGUAUAUAAACUCAAGUCGGAAUAGUUUAACCUACCACUUGACUGUUCUAUGCUUGCAAGGCAGAACAGGAAAUCAUUGUAUGUGGAAUGGCAGGGGCAAACUAUGUCCUGUCUCUUCAUCCACAUCAAUAUUCCAGUAUACAGCUCUUUAUUUCAAAUUAUUAUUAAUGAGGUCAUGGUAUUAUGAAAUUAAUACACAAAUGUUAUAAUUUGGCACGCUCCAUUAGAGUAUGGUAAGUAACAUCAUUCCUAUUCCCUCAAGACACGUGUCUAAUGAUUUUGGAUUUCCAGCAUCUGCAGUUCUUUGCUUUUAUCUCUGUGUCUGCUGAGGAAUAGCUGGCAAAGGAACUGCAAGUAAGUGCAAAUUUGCUAUGAAUUAGAAACCUCAAUACAUACAAUUAACUGAUGUGGUUGUAUCAGCAUGAAUCAGCCCAGCCACAACUUUUCUGAAAUUCUUAUUGUCCUAUCCUGGGGCUUCAAAAGUCUUGUAUUAGUUCUGCUGUACAAAAUGAUAAAUAAUAAACUCUAAACUGGGAUCAUGUUACUCUUCCCAGUGUACCACAUGGCAUUCUUCCAUUGGUAACUCAAACAUUAGAGGUUUAGGAAGCUCAUUUACUCGACUCUUGCUCUUUCGCUGAGUCAAAUAAAUUAAUGCAUUUGUUCUAUGCUAUUCUUUGAUGUGCUGGAAUCCCCAUUCUCAUGUCAGGUAUCCCAGUUCUGUCUUUGGGUUGAUCCCUUGAAAAUCUUAGCAGAAGGCCUCUACAAGUUGUAGUGCAGUCUGUCUAUAGCAAGCUCAGUAUAAUGAUUUAUUCUGUUUUCUUCCAUUUCCCAGCUUGAUAUUUUGAAUGGUUUAAAUCUGCCAGAAAUAUGAAGGUUAGGAAUAACACCCUUGGAGAAUAAUUGAGCUACUAAUAAGAUCUUUGGUGAAAAAUUAUGGGUUAUCUAUAGAUAUUAUUUGUAAGUUUGCUGUAAAAUGGUGUAGAGAAGAAAUAUUCCCCACUAAACAUUUGUGAAUCAAGGGAAAGUGUAUUGUGCUGAGUAGGCACGAUCCUGAAUGUUUUUAAAAAAAUGAUUCAGUACUUGUACAUAAUGUUUUGGGGAGUAUUAAUAACCCCAUUCAUAAUCCCAGUGGACUCAUGGUGUAGGAUUGGCAAAGAGGGUGUUGUAUAUCAUCUGAUUUCAGCCUGUUUUUAUUUGGUUGUUUUGAAGGAUAUAACACCAUGAAAACAUGUGACGGUGAGGUGCCUAAAUGUAGACUUAUCUUGCUUUACAACCUGUACAUUACAGGCACUACACACUUGUCUCCAUUUCACACAAUAUUUCUUGGAUUGUGUAAGUAUAUUUAAAUUUAGGCAACCUGGUUCAUGCAGUAACUUUUUUUCAAUAAAGGUAUUUUCAGUGAAAUACACCUAAAAUUGAUGCUGUAAAUAUCGCACUGUUAGUGCAAGGAAUAUCUUGCACAACUUAUGGUUGCCACCAGUGUUGUGCAAAAUUAAUUUUGCUGAGACAUUUGCUUCACUAAGUUUAAAAAUAAGGAAAUCCAAGUUUUAGGAGAUUCAUUAUGGGAUUUAUUCACCUUUUUUCACUAAAACACAAAGCACUUAUCUUAAUGAUCAAGAUCUAGGGCCUCAAACAGAUAGCUGUGACCUCUGUCUGCAUUUUUUCUGAGGUGGCAGUGCUCUUUCCGUAGGCUGUUUAGGAGUACAUUUUGUAACCAAGAUAGCCUAUAACAGAGACUUAAUAGUCUUCAUAGCAUCUGGUAAAUUGAGGGCCAGUUGCUUGAUAUGUGAGAUGAUAGCAGUAAAAUGUGAUAGCAUCAUCUGUACUAAAGGGGAGGAAUUGGCAAAGCUUUUUGCUCAUUAAAUCAGUGGCUUCUGAUGCUGGCAAGUGUGUGCACAUUGAUGUAAUUUGAGGAAAAGAUCAUACUAGCCUGUGAUUCCCUCCCUGAUUGACCGGCCCAUCGACAUUCACUGCGCUCACAUGUGAUGAAUGGCCACUGAACUCUCACAUGAAGAAUGGGAAGGUACUGGAGAGCUGCUAAUGCUCGCACUUUUGAAUGAAAUAUUUCCCGAUUGUCCAUUGAAAACCGAAACAAUAUUGACUGACAUUUUCUUAAAAAGUUUAAAUUUCUCAUUUUAUGAGGCCUAUAAAAAUUACAGCCUCCAGUGUAAUUAAUAAUGUCACUCUGGGAGCUUCCUUGUCAGUGAAUUUGACGAAUCAGUCCAGGGUGAAUGCCUUAUACUUUUUUCAAUUGGAAAUGGAAGCAUAAUUUUGAACAAAAGCAUUCGACUGGUGAAACUUUAUUAGCUAUAUCAGUUUGAUUCAACUGAUUACUAUUCAUGAACCUGCUAGAAGUAUGCAUGUGUGGAUAUCAGGUAAGGAAAGGAUCAGACUUGGCAGUGAAACCCUCCACCUUUCAAUAGCAUGCUGAUUCUUGUUGUCAAUGUGCAAAAUAGUGACCACAAGGUACUGACGCAUGCUUGACACUUGGGCAGCAUAUGCCACAAGGAAUCAUUGUCUUCAAGAGGAGGGAAGAAAAAUUGGCAAUAAAAGAGAAAUACGCUACAAGAAGAACUUUUUUUGCAAUAAUAUUCCUUUUUUAACAAUGGACUGUUUUGGGGGUAUCAAAGGUGGUGGAAGAUGAGAGUUUACUGCUUUUUGUGGCUUGUUUCAGUGAGAUUGUAUGAAAGUUUUUAUAAUUGGAUCACUCUCAAAACUGUCCAAAAACAUUGACCUGUGGUGCUUUGUCAGCUACAGUUUUUGUAAUUCAGUAUUGUUUGUGGGCACAGAAACUUCCUUACUGCAAACUUGCAACGUUGGCUGUAGCCUUCACAGUAGUUCGCAUUGUUGCACACAGAAAGCAUUUCAGACUUUUUAAAUAUUGGAAUACUGAUUUGUAGAGACUGUAACUCAACUCUGAAAUGGUUUUUGUGAAUAACUUAUCCUGUUAGUCCGUGUUUAGUAUUAUACCGCAGAUCUGUAUGAGUGAGAUUGAGCUGAGCACAGAAGUUAUUUUGUGGACUUGGUGGUAGUUCUGUGAGAAAAUCAGUUUAUUGCAUGCUUCUGUGGACUGUUUCAGUUGACUCACCCUAACAGAAGGAGGUGUCUUUUUAUGUCUCUCUCCAGCAUCCCCCCCGCCCCCAACCCCAUCACGUCUCCGCAGGUAAUAGUAAUUCGCUAGAAAAGGGUCUUGACAACUGGCGAAGUAAAAUUAAAUUUCCUGUUAAUAUUUUUCAGAUUCCACCCACCCAAUCAGGAAUUCUAACAAAUCUAGAAAUCAUUCAACAUUUGAAAGCUGUGAUUGAAAUAAACUUUAUGCCAGAAGAGAGACCUUUAAACAAAAUCAAUUUAAUUUCCCCUAAAAAAAUUCUUAUGUUGUCUUACAAAAUGCAGGUGUAGUAAAUGUUGUUCAAAAUUAUUUUAGCAAAUUACCAAGUACAAUAAUUCUUAGAUAUCAAAUUGUAACAAUGUACUUAAUUUGAUUUUCUUUUCACUGGAUACUAUGCAGAAUUUAGCUUACUCUAGGAGUUGAUGGAAUAUGAAUCGAAACAAUGCCGAAUGAGCAGUUUGUUUCAAAUGGCUGACUAUUGAUGAAUGCCUUGCAGAUGGCCAGAGUUCAUUAAAUUUAUAAUUGCUUUGGCCAGUUCACAUUAUUUUCCUCUAGCUAUUUUUUUUCCCGUGUCCCUGAAACCAUGCAUAAGAUCUUAUUGGAGUAGGUGAGCGACCUGUUUUGAAAUCCACCGCUGCCAUGACCAGCAGCUAUGUGUUCAAAUGUUUGAUUUAGAGUCAAGAUUUCCUAUUCUCCCUGUGGGAAUAAUGCUCCCCCCACCACACCCCGACGGUCAGAAUACUUCACUUGCAUGGAAUCACAGGUGCAAAUGCAAACCGUAAGCAGAAAUUAAACGUUAAAACUUGGAGUAUUUUCAUAUGUUAGUAUUGUUUUUCUUCAUCUUCUGUGAGACUUGUGCUGUUUAUACAGAAGCUUCUGGUUGUUGUGUUUGAAUAUUGAGGUAGUUUUGUUAAGGAAAUGUGAUUUUUAUUGUACUGAAAUGUAAAAUUUUGCAAGUUGGGCAGGGAAAAUAAAAUGCUUUCUGGAUUA